AAACAAAUCGCUUAUAUGGUUCCUGUAUGUUAUCUACAACACAAGAAAAAGACAUUUAAACACAGGAUUACCCCUCCCUGGGCCCCCGACGUGGUUAACCUUACGCGCUCAGGUACAACAACCGGUUUCUAUUUAUACACCGGAAAGGCUUCGGUAGUUGGCGAUCGUUUUACCUGCCCAGGUGCAGACCAGUCCAAGAGUUUACGGAAAGACCGGGCUGGAACAAUAAUGACGAAGCUUUCAGCAAACCAGCUUGAUGAGUUGAAGGAAGCGUUUGUGAUAUUUGACAGAGACAAUGAUAACAAAAUAAACAUGCAAGAAUUGGCCACAGUGAUGCGGUCCAUAGGUUUCAGUCCCACCCAAGCGGACCUGCAGGCCAUUCAACAGGAGUACGGCAACCGUCUGCUGGAUAUCAACGAGGUUCAAAAUGUCAUCUCGCGCAGAGCCCCGCCACCGGAAACAGAAGACAGCGUUCGGGAUGCCUUCAGGAUUUUCGACAAAGACGGCACCGGUUAUGUCAGCGCUUCCGAACUUCGACAUGUGUUGACACAUCUCGGAGAAAAAUUGUCGGACGAAGAAGUAGACGAGAUGAUUCGGGAGGCGGAUAUCACUGGUGAUGGACAGGUCAACUAUGACCAUUUUGUAAAUAUUUUGUGCUCUGCAAGAUGAAGUUGAUUCUACAAAUCCACAUUAUUAUGCCAUGAUUGGGAUCUGACAUGCUGGACGCAUUUAAUAUUAGCAUAGCCUUUAUACAGCGUUGUAAAUAUAGGACAUAUCACAGACCAUCACUAGACAGUCUCAUCGUUCCAUCCGUUCAGAUGUUCGUCAAAGCAGUUCAGUUAAUUUGUAAGAUUCUUUAGUAACUGCAGUAUGAUUACAUUCCGUUCUAAUGUUACAGCAAUAAAAUUAUUAUACUGAUA